CUAUUCACAUAUAAUUCGCCGGCGGAGCCGUCAUUUUCUGUACUUCGAUAAAGUCAAAAGGCGCGAACCGCGCACACUCUGGCGCCAGCUUGAAGUUAGCCACACUUGACAAGUCUGAUUCCAAUCUGUUAAAUCGUUCGUCCGACCGAUAUCUUGCGUACACGAUCAUUACACGCGCGUGCACGUGUACAUAUUGUACACGUGCACAGAGGUACGCAUCACGGUGAAGUAACGGACUCAAAAUUCACGUGUCUUUCGCGUCCACCGGCUUUGCUGCUGUCGCGGAGAGUCCAUUCAUUGCGACACGACGCGACGACGUGACUCGGGACAGGAGGAGAUAGUCCAGGUCUUAAUGGCGCGUCGCGCGACAAGCAUCCUUCCGGCGAGCGUCCUUCCGGUUCAGUGUAAAAACAGCGACGACGACGAGGGCGGCAGCAGGAGCCAGCGGCCGAUCGCUGCGCACGGCAGCAGCUGAAGGAGAGAACACGCGAGCGCCCACCAUAUUGCGUAAGGAAGGCGGACGACCGGCCCGGCGAAGAUGUUCGCCUGCGGUAGAAUCAUUGGCCGAUUUCCCGCCACGCUCACACACGCGAAUCGCCUCUACCGACCUGUAAAAUACGUGGGAAUUGUAAAUAUUAGUAACUUACGACACAAUAGUGAUGCAAGCAAUGAGAAGUCUCAUAAGUCAGCAGGCAUCACUAUUAAGCCAGAGGAAUGUGUGCCUAAAUCUAGAUCUUUCAAGUCACAAAAGACAGUUCCUGCUUGUGAAACAGAAGCAUCUUGUCCAGCAGCACAAAUCUGCAAGCCAAAUAACGAACAGAAGCAAUCAAAUGAGAAAGGCUCAGAUCAUGGUAAAAAUGGAAAAUAUCAAUCCCGCUAUUGGUAUUUACUUGCUGCUUUGAUUGUGACAGGAGUUACAUACAAGGUAUCUUCAUCAUUUUUGAAAGAUGACAAAACAGAUCAACAGAGAGAUAGAAGUAAACAGAAGAAAGAAGGGAGAGGGCAUAGGAGGUUCAAAGACACAGUAAAAAUUCCAGCAGAAUCUAGAUUAAUACCUCAAGAAGUACCUUAUCUAUUGAUAGGUGGAGGUACAGCUGCAUUUUCAGCAUUUAGAUCAAUUAAAUCUAGAGAUCCCAAAGCUAAGGUUUUAGUUAUAACACAAGAAGUAGAUUUUCCAUAUAUGAGACCGCCAUUAUCCAAAGAACUUUGGUAUAAUGCAGAUAGAGAUACAACUGCACAAUUACGUUUUAAUCAAUGGAAUGGAACUCAGAGGAGUAUAUUUUACGAGCCACAAGAAUUCUAUUCAAAUGUUAGUAAUCUUACGGAAUCUGAUAAAGGUGGAGUUGCUGUAGCUAUGGGCUGGAAAGUAACAAAAAUCGAUGUUAUAAAUAAAACUGUGAUUCUCGAAGAUGGUCAUGAAAUAAAAUAUAACAAAUGUCUUAUUGCAACUGGUGCAUCACCUAAAAAUCUGCCAAUAUUCGAAUCCGCUGAGAAUGAAGUAAAAGAUAAAAUAACAACGUUUAGAACGAAGGAUGAUUUUCUCGACUUAGAAGAAAGUGUUUCCAAUCCUAAAUGCAAAAAUAUUGUAGUCAUUGGCGGUGGAUUUCUCGGCUCGGAACUUGCCUGCGCACUUGCCAGAAGUUAUAAAUCGAAGAAUGUUUUCCAAAUUUAUAAAGAAAAAUUUAUAAUGGCACAAGUAUUACCAGAAUAUUUGAGUGAAUGGACCACGAAAAAAGUUGAAGCAGAAGGUGUUCAUACUAUAUCUAACACAGAAGUUGAAAAUUAUAAGUAUGAAAAUGAUCGAUUGUCUCUCGUCCUCACUGGUGAUCAAACUAUCGAUGCUGACCAAGUGAUAGUAGCGAUAGGUGUUGAACCAAAUACAGAUUUGGCAGUAACUUCCUAUUUAGAGACAGAGCCUAAAAUAGGAGGAUUCCUUGUUAAUGCUGAAUUAGAAGCAAGAAGAAAUGUUUGGGUUGCUGGUGAUGCCGCAUGUUUCUACGAUGUCAAGCUUGGUAGGAGAAGAAUUGAACAUCAUGAUCACGCGGUUACCUCCGGAAGAUUAGCCGGGGAAAAUAUGACUGGCGCUGGUAAACCUUAUCUGCACCAAUCAAUGUUUUGGUCAGACUUGGGACUUGAUGUAGGAUAUGAAGCGAUAGGUAUUGUAGACUCAUCUUUGCCAACAGUUGGAGUUUUUGCAAAUCCGACGGAAGCAAAUGUGGUGCCGGUUAAUAAUCCUAAUGAUGAACAAAAAACAAAUUCUGAAAAAUCGAACGAAAAAUCAGAGUCACAAAUCAUAAAAAAUGUUAACAUAGAAGAAGAAAAGAAAAAAGUAUCUGAAAAUAAUGCUAAAUUAGAGCAACCUACGAAACAUGAAGAUUUUGGAAAGGGCGUUGUUUUCUAUUUACGAGAUGAUGUUGUUGUAGGAAUAGUAUUGUGGAAUAUAUUUAAUCGAAUGUCGAUUGCCAGACGGGUCCUUGCUGAAGAUAGGAAGUAUGAUGAUUUAAAUGAAGUAGCGAAACUAUUUACAAUUCAUGAAGAUUAAUUAUUUGAUUAACAAAUAAGAGAGAGUGAAUGACAAUAUUAAAAGAUUAUUAUAUCGUACAUGUAAAGAGAUGUUUGACUUCUAUUUGAGAUAUGGAAAUCCUGCAAGCAAGAACUCGCAUAUCAUUGAAUUACGCAGGUAUUAUACGAAUUAUAUGAAUAUCAGUCGAUAUUAUAUAAACGUGGAAAUUUCUAAAUACAACCUGUAUACAACAUAUGCUCUCAUA